CCACUCCCUUUCCGCUUAACCCGUGAGGAGGAUUCAAACGUGCCUGAGGUGCUGGGUUCUUCUAACGAAGCUAAGGCCUUUGAAUCCGGCGACUAGCACCAUAAGAAUUAGGCAUCCACGUCCUAAACUGUGCUAUUUGUAAAGAAGAAUGGCGUCCGUAUCCGAGCUCGCUUGUAUUUACUCCGCACUCAUCCUCCACGACGACGAAGUCACUGUCACAGAGGACAAGCUGAACGCGCUGAUCAAAGCUGCAGGAGUGACCAUCGAGCCUUUCUGGCCUGGGCUGUUCGCCAAGGCUCUGGCCAGUGUGGACAUCGGUAGCCUGAUCUGCAGUGUGGGAGCUGGUGGCAGUGCCCCUGCUCCAACUGCAGCUGCUGCCCCUGCUGCUGGAGAAGCACCAGCCAAGGAAGAAGAGAAGAAAGAAGAGAAGAAGGAAGAGUCUGAAGAGUCAGAUGACGACAUGGGCUUUGGUCUCUUUGACUAGAGCAAUUUUUCUAGGAAAAAUAAAAACCUGAAACAUUUUU